UUUACUUGUGGCCGGGCGGCGCCGCGCACAGAAGCGCAGCAGACGCCGCGGCGAGCGCUCGUGUCGCGAUUCACAUAGAUCAUAACGAUAUUUUUCGCGAAUUUUCCACCACCUUGGAAAACUCUAAUAUAUUUUUUCUCAAUUUUCAAAUUUUGAGCCUAAAAAGAUAGGUCUAAUUUUUACGUAGAAAAUAAGUAGUUAAUAGAGUUUAAAAGUGAAAACAUAAACUUUAGGAAUGUGCGAUUUUUAAUCAAAGAAAAUAGAACUAAGCAUCAUACUGAAGAGGCGACCUAAGUCAUUGUGAUAAUUGAAACAUAAAAUAUAAGAGAAGCAGAUGCGCGCUAGCAGCAGUAGAGUAAUGGUGCGCUAAGCAAGGGCGCUCAGUAUGCAAGCGAUGAGCGCGAACGCGUCGGGGCCGCGCGCGCCGCAGCGCUCGCCGUUCGCGAUCCAGGAGCUGCUGGGGCUGUCGGAACGCGGCGAGGCGCGCGAGCGGUACCUGGAGGGCCCCGGCGAGCGCGUGCUCAACCUGUCGGAGCGCGAGCGCUACACGCCGCAGUUCCCGCUGCCCGCGUCCGUGGCCAGCCGCGUGGCCUACGCCGCCGCCUUCAACGCGCAGGCGGCGGUGGCGGCCGCCUUCCUGCCCGGCCCGCCGCUGCUGCACCCGCCGCCCGGGUUCCCGCAGAUCAAGUCGCCCUACAGUCCCGGGGCGCAGCCGCACCUCUCCGCGGUCCGACAGUUUUAUUCAGGAGUGUCGUCGCUGGAGGCGGCGAAAGAUUUCACAGUAGACGGCCUCACCGGGUACAACGGCAAGAAAAAGAAGAAAAAACGCAGACACAGCCGCACGAUCUUCACGUCGUACCAGCUGGACGAGCUGGAGAAGGCGUUCAAGGACGCGCACUACCCCGACGUGUAUGCGCGCGAGAUGCUCUCCCUCAAGACAGACCUGCCCGAGGACAGGAUCCAGGUGUGGUUCCAGAACCGUCGCGCGAAAUGGCGCAAGACGGAGAAGUGCUGGGGCCGCUCCACCAUCAUGGCGGAGUACGGGCUCUACGGAGCCAUGGUGCGCCACUCGCUGCCGCUGCCGGAGACCAUCCUCAACAGCGCCAAGGAGAACGACGCCGUCGCGCCCUGGCUACUCGCUCUGCCCCCAGGCAUGCACCGCAAGUCGAUCGAGGCGGCGCGGCACCUGAAGGAGUCGGGGUCGGAGCGCGAGGGCUCCGAGGCGGAGCCCGAGAGACCCACCUCCGCCUCCUCGCACCAUCACGACAACCAUGAUGCUCAGGCACAGAGCUCGCCAGCCAGCUCGACGACAGCAUCAUCGUCAGCGAAGGGGCGCGCGUCGCCCGAGCCGGGCCGCGAGCUGUACGAGGACGCCGAGGCCUUCCGCAACAACAGCAUCGCGUGUCUGCGGGCCAAGGCGCAGGAGCACCAGGCCAGGAUACUCAACCAUAACAUGCUGCUGCAGCUGCAAUACUUACGAGCAGGCUGUGGGUUGCAGGUGCGGGUCCCUCGCGCCGGCAGCGCCGAGGAGGAGGGUCCCGCCGACAUCGACGUGGGCACUGAGGCGCCGCCGCCCGCGCACCACCAGCUCGCUCAUCUAUACUGACCACCACCCAGUGAGGAACACCUCUAAACACCCGCGAAGGCGCGAACCUCGAAACAUCAGUGCUGCGUCUCUAUAUUCCCUAGACUACAGUGAAAGAUUGUGUGUGUACAAUGAGUGCCAGUUGCUCUGUGGUAGGGAAGUGCGUGAGUCACGCGUGUAAUUAUGUACAUUAGUAGCCCCGUCUCGUGCAAUACCUAGUUAAGUAUUUAUCUGUGUAGCCCGAAUGCAAUGUAUAAAGUUCCCCAGCUUAGAUUUAAUGUGUCAUACGAGGUGGUGAACUGGAAAUAAAUUCAAAUCAGCCUAAAGCUAAAAUGGUAGCAUCGAAUGUCAUGAAUCGACUUAAUAAUGGUACUUAAUUUACGAAUGAAUUGAUUCCGUCAGUUCACCAACUCGCAUGACUUCAAUAAUAUUGUAUGAUGACUCCUUAAUAUUACUUAGAUAUAUUUGUGCGUAGUGUAAGUUUGUCGGAGGCAAGGAAAAGACUAUGUAAAUCAACUAGCUGUAACUAAACGUGUCUAAGUUCAAACUGUCGUUACUUUAUAUUGGCUAUGAUAUCUGUUAGUACAAUUGGAUAUAACAUACAUGUAUGUUUAUUUCUUUCAACAGAGAUAUGUGUUGCUGGCCUGGAUACACCUAUUAGUUUUUUUUCUUAAUUAUUCAGAAAUCUUCUUGUAAAUACUUCCGAAAAUUCGAUAUAUCUGUACCAGUACUUUUACUUUUAAAUUAACUUUUACGACUUUGUAACUCUAAGAAUUCUUUUAAUGAGUACCAGUGACAAAGUUUAGUACAUCUGGGUGAGAAGCACACGUCUCUGCGAGUGUAGUAAUGUGUACAACGAAAGUGAACCCCGGUGUCAGCACUAGUUCUGUCGUGUCGAUGGCACGUGUCACUUCUUAAUGUAUUUAUUGGCCCUAAAUGUGUACAGCGAGUUCUAAAACUUGGAAAACCAACACCACGAAUCUAUCUGCCGCAAACGACUUAGGUACAGGUUAAUGGAGACUUAAGGGUUUUACAUUUGCUUUGACCAGUUUCCUUCAUAGUAAGUUAAUUACAUAAGCAACAUAAGGAAGCAAAAGUUAAAAUUGUUGAGGUGGCCUAAGAUUACACUAUGAGCAAGCCUAAAUAUUGAAAUGGUAUCCAUAUUUUGAGGACUCGCUAUUGAAUCGAAUAAACAUCGAAACAUUCCAAAAAGACUAUAAUAUCUAUAUAUUUUCUUAAUACUUAUUAUAUCUGUAGCUCUGUACUUACGUGUUCUUUCUUAGAAUGUUCUUCAAACUAUUUUUAAAAAGGCCUACCGCACUAAAAUCAUAUACUGCCGCAGGCUUCUCUCAAUAUCUCAAAAGAUAUCUUAAUACUUUAAUCAAGCCUAAGUAAUUUUGUUUUGUAAAAUCAUAACUGCUUUGGUUUUCUUAUACAUUAAAUGUGUUGGCUGCAGAAACCAUGUCUAUCGCUCAGGGAUGCGCCUACAUUAAAACUCAUAGCAAUCCGCUUGAAGAACACACUUUAAAUUGUAAACGAAACAAAUCUGUCAGUGAUAAUAUGAACACUGAGCAAAACUGCUGUAUUACAACUUAAUUGAAAUGUACUUAGUUUUUCAUAUUAUAUUCCGAAAAAGAAUUGUUGAACCUAGGAUUAACUUCAUGGGCUGGGCACAUAUUAGCCUAACAGUCGAACUAAUUCUCAGCCUCCAACGUCAUAUUGACGUUCUACGUUAAUGUACCGACAUCGACACGUUCUCAUAAGUUAUAAAUAAAUAAAGUUAGAAGCAAGUAUCGUUGCUGCUGUACUUACGCAUAGAGUUGUAAUAUAUUUAUUGAAAUUAAACAAAUCUAAAGCAACUUAAGUAAUGUGAAACUCAUCGUAAUUCAAGUUGUUCCGAUGAAUAAACAACAUGUAUAAAUUAUA